CGGAGGAAAACUGCAAUCGCAAAACAAGUUAUUUCUUGAAUUAAAAGUACUUUGUAUAAGGUUCAUUUUGUGCACAAUCUAGUGAUUCAGUUCGUAAUAUUAUAAUAAACAGUUGAGCCAAUCAAUUGGAAGUAUCUUGCCGGUCACUUGAUUCGCAACAAGGUCACUACUGCACUGCAAUGGCUCCAAUAGUGGAUAACUGCCAAUUCGAGUUGCCUCCGCCUCCGCCGGUGUCGAUUGAAACCCCCGGAAAAAAGCGCAAACGGAAUACGGAAACCAAUCCAUUUCUUUCGUUUUCGGACCAAACAUUCAGCAUUCCAUCGUCGACACCGAUUCACAACAAACAAAUCGACGGAAGUUCAUUCGAGAACCCUAGCUUCAAGUACAACAGCAGCAACAAGGAGAAUUACAACAUUUUCUCCGAUUCAUGCAUGGAGGUAAAAUCCAUUGCCGAGCUGGCCUCGGUUACCGGGGAAAACCCCUACGAGGUUAUACGAAAACCUCCGAAGAAAAAGAAAAAACAUUCAGACUUUGAGGAUAGCUGCUUCGUUAAUCCGGCUUUAAAUUUGGCAGCAAUCGAUAAACCAUCCGUUAACCCGUUCGAGGUGGUACGUUGCGAAGAGACGGAAAGGAAACAAAAUGCGUCCUGCUUUGUGAACAGUGGGUUGAACAUCAAAGGAAAAGAUAACGGAGAAGGAAUUAAUCCGUUUGAGAUUGUUCGCCCAUCGGCGGCAGUGGAAGCUGCAGUGCGGGAAAGCAAUUCGGCCGAUGGAAUGAAAGGUAUCGAAAAUCCGGCCCUGGAAAUGCCAACCUAUGCAUUGGCUGUUCCGUUUACUCCUUCCAUCAAUCAUCGAAUCAAUUUUCAGGAAUUGCCAGCGAGUGCAUUGACUCCUUGUCAAAUGUUGGCGAAAAAUUUGGUUUUUAGUCCUGAUCCAUCGAAGGACGGUAAUUUGCUUACGCCCAAACGUAACGCAACCGUCGCCAAACGUAAAUCACUAUCGGUUAUUAGUGAGGAACCGUUGGAUAUCGGCGAAGAACUUGAUUGCUAUCAAUUGGAACUCGAGAAUAGCAUCAACGAAGCGAAGGCUCUCAAGCAGCGAACCAACGGGGAAUCGACCAGUGCUCGGAAAGGUCGCCGUAGUUUAAUCGACGUUAAACACAUCAGCAAUCUGUCGAUGAAGUUGAAGCAACUUGAAGAAUCGGACGGUGAAAAUGAUGAAUGUAAAAUCACUGAAGUUGGAGAGCAACCAACUGAAGAAGUCGCCGCCAAAGUUAUCGAUAUCUCAGCUCCAACUCAAACGACUUUCACCAUUGUCAAAGAAACUUCCAUCAAAGAAGAGAUCCGUAUCAACGUGACCAAUCCGGACAUUCAAUUCGAAGAAGUAGAUGAUUUCGAAGACGAAGAACAGGACGUGGAUUUGUUUGCCAAUCCUGCACCGUUUCAAAGGGCUUACAGGAAAAAGGAAGAUCCGAAACCGCAGCUGGAAGUGGAUUUCAAACAACCGGAACCCGUAAGUGCCGGUGGCAAAACGCACAAGGUUAAAGACGCCAUACGCCGUAGCUUCCGGAAACUGAUUCAUCCCAAACAUCAGGAACUGGAAGUUGACUGUCAAUCUGGUGAAUCCCACAGUAGCGGAUUGAUUUCCUCCAUUCGACAUAGCUUGCGUCGAAAGACGAAUAAAAAUAAAACCGACGAUGAAGAGCACUGCAAGGAAACGGUACUGGAAAUGUCCAUCAUAGCGGAGGCUCCGCGGACUGUGUUUAAACAACCGUCCAGCAACGACUAUAAACCCAUCACCGGUAGUUCGACCGAUAAGAUGGGGUCUACGCUGCGCCACAGCUUGCGCAGGUCUACCAAAGAUAUCAAACGGCACAUGAUGAAAAAUGUGUUCAAAAAAGCCGACGAUGAAAAGUAAAACUAGUUGAUCACUAACACUUUAUAGAAAUAUGAAAGGGUACCAAAACAAAAGUCGCGACACCAAAUUACUAACAUCAUUUUCCAGUGUUUAACAUAUUACACAUUAUUUAUCACUAUUUAUUAUUCGUUGAUUAAGAAUAAUCAAACUGAUCUUGCCUUGGAAAUAUGAAUAUCUACAAAGAUUGAGAAGCUUUCAAGUUCAUUUUCGAAAUUGGAACGGAACCAUUAUGAUAAAUCACAAACAUGCUUUGCAGGGAAUGCAAAAAGAAAAGAUAUUGUUUGUUAUGUAAGUUUGCUUCCAAAAAUAAGAUAUAACAUAUAAUAAUAGAUUAACUCAUUAUUAUUCUCUUAUGUGUUUGUGAAAAUAACGAUAAAAAAUCACAUAUUGAACCGCGUUGCUACCCAAAG